AUGAACGGGAAACGGCCGGCGGAUCCCGGCCCAGCACGGCCAAUGAAGAAGGGAAAGAAGCAGGUAGCGGCAGAGUUUUCGGACGCUGUCACUGAGGAAAUCCUGAGGAAGCAGGUGGCUGAGGCCUGGAGCUCCCGGACGCCGUUCAGCCACGAAGCUAUUGCCCUGGACAUGGAUCCUUUUCUUCACUGCGUGAUCCCAAACUUCAUCCAAGGCCAAGACUUCCUGGAAGGACUUCAGAAAGAACUUCUGAGCCUGGACUUCCAUGAAAAGUACAAUGAUUUAUAUAAGUUCCAGCAGUCUGAUGAUUUGAAGAAGAGGAAAGAGCCUCAUAUCUCAGCUUUAAGGAAACUCAUGUUUGAAGAUUUUCGGGCCUGGCUCUCUAAGGUUUCCGGCAUUGACCUAGAACCAACCAUUGACAUGUCCUGUGCUAAGUACGAGUUCACUGAUGCUCUGCUCUGCCAUGAUGACGAACUGGAGGGGCGCCGGAUCGCCUUCAUUCUGUACCUGGUUCCUUCUUGGGACAGGGACUUGGGAGGCACCCUGGACCUUUAUGACACGGAUGAACACUUGCAGCCAAAGCAGAUUGUCAAGUCUCUUAUCCCUUCCUGGAACAAACUGGUUUUCUUUGAAGUAUCUCCAGUAUCCUUUCACCAGGUGUCUGAAGUCCUGUCUGAAGAAACAUCACGUCUGUCUAUAAGUGGCUGGUUUCAUGGUCCUUCGUUAACCAGGCCUCCUACUUACCUUGAGCCCCCAAUCCCUCGAAACCCUCACAUCCCACAAGAUCAUGAAAUUUUAUAUGAGUGGAUCAACCCUGCUUACCUGGAAAUAGAAUAUCAGAUGCAAAUUCAAGAAGAAUUUGAGGAAAGGUCUGAAAUUCUCCUAAAGGAGUUUCUUAAGCCUGAGAAAUUUGCAAAGGUCUGUGAAGCCUUGGAGAAAGGAGAUGUGGAAUGGAAAAGCCACGGACCCCCAAACAAAAGAUUUUAUGAGAAAGCAGAAGAAGCUCAUCUCCCUGAUAUCCUGAAGGAGUGCAUGGACCUGCUUCGCUCAGAGGCACUUUUCCUGCUGCUGUCCAACUUCACUGGCCUGAAGCUUCACUUCUUGGCCCCUUCAGAAGACGAUGGGACUGAGGAGAAAGGAGAGGGGGAGACAGCCAGUGCUGCUGCUGACACUGAAGAAGGGACCAGCCAGAGCCCCUCAGGGCCAGAGAAUAAUCAGGCAGCUGCUGGCAGCCACAGUCAAGAGAAUGGUGAACAGGCAGACCCGGAACCACAAGAAGACAAAGAAAAGAAAGAAUCAAGCAUUCCCAUGUGCCAGGGGGAGCUGAGGCGUUGGAAGACUGGUCACUACACAUUAAUCCAUGACAACAGCAAGACUGAGUUUGCCCUGGACCUGUUUCUGUACUGUGGCUGUGAAGGUUGGGAGCCGGAAUAUGGUGGCUUUACCUCCUACAUUGCUAAAGGUGAAGAUGAAGAGUUGCUCAUAGUGAAUCCAGAAAACAAUUCCUUGGCGUUGGUCUACAGAGACAGAGAAACUCUGAGAUUUGUGAAGCACAUUAACCACCGAAGCCUGGAGCAAAGGAAAAACUUCCCAAACAGAAGCGGUUUCUGGGACUUUGCCUUCGUCUAUUACGAGUAACAAGAUUGGGCAAAGCCAGCUAGCAUUCACUCCAGUGCAGGGGACAUGGAGUCUUGGUGGAGUGAAGGAAAGCAUGGCAUGCUGGGUAACAGGCUGUCCUUGCUGGCUGUGCUGGUACACACCUGUAAUGCCAGCCUCAGGAGGUAGAGGAAGGGGACCUUCAGUCCCAAGGUCAGUGUGACUUACACAGUGAGACCCUGUCCCAAAACAAAACAAAUCUUGGUCAUCCUUUCAUAAAAUUCAUGAUUGUCCUCAAUCUAGACAUCAUGCUAGAGCUAUGUACUUAUCCCUCAGUUUUUAAAAAAUGUUUUCCCCUUUUGAGUUCUUUUGGUUCUAUAGUAACUGCCUUGGCAACUUUCUAACUUUGGUGAUUUUUUUUAAAAUUUAUGGCGUAUAUACAAAAUUUAGCAGAGUAACAUUUUUUUUGGAUUGCGGUUUUGUUUUGUUUCUUUCGACAGGGUUUUACUAUGUAGCCCAGGCUAGCUCUGAAGUACUGAUUCUUCCACCUCAGCCUCCUAAAUGCUGGAAUUGCAGGCAUGAGCCACUGCACCUACCAAUUCCUGCAUGCAUAGUCUGUGGAACUGAGCACAUAGAAGUGCUCCCAAGCACCCAUCACUGCCAUCUGGAAAACAUCCGUAUCCCAUAGAGAAUGGGAAUGGUUUUCUGUCUUCCCAAAGGGAAAUGCUGCUGCCCUUCUCUGUUGACUGUUUGCCUCACAAGUGAACCGAACAGUAUGUCUUGCUUCCUAAUUGGCUUGUUUCAUUUAGCACAGAGUCCUCAGGGUCUAUCAGCAUUUCCAGUGUUUUUCUUUUUCACUCCUAAGUGGUUGUAGAAACAUGUGUAACCCUCUUCAUGCUGAGCCUAUGAACUGUGACAUAGUCGGAGUCAUUACUCUGCUCCCACUGUGGGCUGAGCUCGACCCUGACUCUCAGACAGGGUAUACUCAGCUAGGUAGUCUUGCUCUCUUGGAAAAGGUCUGACUGAAAUUAACAUAGCCCCAGGAAUUCCAUAGCUGCUUACUGCCCUAUGUAUUUCCUCUCGUGUCUACUGCCUUCUAAACCAGGAACCAUGGCUUCUCUGAGUCUAGCCUCUCAGAGACUGUGCGAUCCUAAAUGCUGGAGGGCCAGGUGUGGAACUUGUUGCCUUUUCCUUCCUUUUGAAAGACCCCAUGCUAAAAGGAGGAUAAGAAGGCCUCCUUUUGCUUCUGUUCUUUUCUGUGAACUGCUCCAUGGGGCUGUGGCAUAGCUCUUCCCAUUGUAGGGGUGUGCAUGAUGGCUGAGAGAUGUCCUCACACCACCCCAAACGGCCUCCAUUUGCUGCUUUCUUGUUUUCUGACUAUCCUUGCGGGUUUCAGUAACGUCCUUAUGGACUUUACUUAGUAGUAGGAAAAGCACUGGACCUUCAAGUGUCUUACUCACGACUCUCUGGCAUCCUAAAAGUCCAUUCAAAUGCAUUGUCUUUUAGAUUGAUGGCUUUCAAUUUGUUUUAUUUACCCCAGUCAGCAAAACACGUUUAACAUUCAUAACCUAAUGGAUACUUACAAGUUUUAUAUGUUGUAGUAUUAAUCAUAAAACAAAGUAAUUUUAAAUAAUGACAUGAGAAUAUCCAGACCUAAACUGAGGGGGCCAUACUUUAAUCCCAGAUUUUGGAAGGUAGAGGCAAGAGGAUCAAGAGUUCAAGACUACCCUCCAUCACACAGCAAAUUCAAGGCCAGCCUGGGCAACAGUACACCUUGUCUCAAAAACAAAGAUCGAGCCAGGAGUGGGAGGCAUGCAUCUUUAUCCCAGCACUCAGGAAGCAGAAGAGGCAGACAGAUCUGUGAAUUUAAGGCCAGCCUGGUCUACAAAAAGGUACUAUAGGACAGCCAGAGCUACUCAGUGAAACCCUGAUUCAAAAAAUCAAAGAUAAAAGAAGACUAUCCAGACCUAGUUUUAGAGUUGUCUUCCCUCGCCAGGCAGUGAUGGACUGUUGCCCGUGCAUACUGUUGUAGACGCCAUAGCACUUUAAACAGAGUAGUGCUCAAGUAGGACUCCACAUACUUUGUUGCUAAUGAUUAAUUUUGCAACUUCCCUUUUCUGAACUGCUGCAGACUAAAGGCAGACCUGCUCUCCCCCCAGUCGAAGUGCCUGAAUGGGAAGUACCCUGAAGGGUUCUUCUGUCUUCACAGCGCCUCCUGGUCUGCAAGAACGAUAGAACCUGCAGGUUGCUUUUCUGCUCUGAUGAGCAGCUGCUUUUUUCAGUUUGCCAUGUGCCACGUUAUUGAUGUGUCGGUGAGAUGAAUGGUGUAUGACAGUGGGCCCGUAAGUCUACAGUGGAGCCGAAAGAUUCCUGUACUCCAGAUCACUCAGAGUCACACGGUGAGCCUAGUGAGAAUAGGCCACCUGUGCUGCCGCUGCAUGAGAGUACAGCCCAGGCAGCUGUGCACACUACUGUCACUAGCAGGCCACCACUUUCUGUGCUUGCUCACAUUACCUGCUCAGAGUGCACUGCUGUUGAGGCGGUAACUCCCAUGUGCUUCAGGCAGAUCCUUCACACGGUAUUCAGAGGAAGGCAUAGCUCCGGGGCCAGUUCUUCUGCACGUGUUGCUGCCCCGAAGACCACAGGGGAAGAACGCACAGGUAGAAGGCAGUGAUGAUGAUGACAAUCAUAAGUGUGUGGGCCUGUGUGCAUGUAUGUGUGCGAGUGACUUAGUAUUUUAACAGAAAAUUCAGAAAGUUUAAAAAAAUGAAAAUAUUUUUGUACAGCUAUACAAUGAAAAGUUAUAAGUCAAAGUUCUAAAAGUUAAAGUUUAAAAUAAAGUUCUAUUACGUAAGCUAAGGCUGUUGAAGAUAGAGUAUUUUUAACAUGUCGUCCAAGUUGGAAGGCAGAAAGCUGCUGCUUUGUCUGUUCAACCUUGCCUAAGCUUGCUAUUGUUUCAUUCUUGAUCCUGAUUGGUUGCUGUUUUGGGCAUAGGGCAAGAGUCAAAUGUGGGCUCUCAGUACCUCUUCUUGGUAAAAGCUAUGCUAUUUUCUGUGUGACCAAUGGCAUGUCUCUCUUAAUGCACAUCUAAUUCUUUGUUUUCUUAUUUAUUGGUGUUUUUGAAAUGGGUCUCUGUAUACCCUAGCUCUGCCACUGCUAAGAUUACAGAGUACCACUGUGUCCAGCUGUGAACUUCCAGGUCUUGUAACUCCUUUUCCGAAAGGUGUUAUUCCUUCCAAAGAUAACAGCUUUAUAUCUCUUCAAACUAUAUAAGUAAUGCAUGUUCAUUGUUGAGAAUUUAAAACUGUGGAAAAACACAAAAGUCAGUUGAAAUCCCUGUGACAGCCCUGUGUUAGUGUGAGCGUUAUCUUUGCGGCCACCCUGCACUGUAUUAGGAAGCAUGAGUCUUCUGUGUUCUCUCUUUCUUCCCUUUCUCCUGUUGGGUAAAUACAAGGUUGUAGGGCAGUUUGUCAGGCGGGGCUUGGAAGGAGCCACUAAGGCUGCCACUGCAUACAAGAAUGAAAAUGGUUCCCUCAGUGGGUCCUUAAGCGUGUACCUUUCAGGUUUCUUACAAAUGAAAAUGAGCAGCCCGGGAUGCAUUUGGAGAUCUGUAUCCAGCUAAUGCUACCCCAGCUGAUAGACUGCCUUUAAAUUUGUUUUUCCUUAAUAUAAAUGUUUACACAUACAUUUGAAUGAUUAAAAAAUGGAUAUCUGUAUUUUUGGUUUUCCCCACAAAAUAAAAGUGUUUGUGCAUU